GUAUAACCACGAAGCCGCUUCCUGUGGUGAUGAACUCUGAGCUAAGAUAUAAUCUCGUUUUUAGCUUCUUUCUUCCCGAAUUAGCUGAUUAAUUUAUCGUAAGAGAUGGAACUUUGAUAUCAUGUUGAAAAUCGGCUUUUCCGUUGUUUAAUAUGAAGGUGAUACAACACUCUGUGGAGACACUGAAAACAGCUUUGGUCUCUAAUCAUCAGGACCUGGUUAAACUUUACAGUAAACACACAAAAGAAGAACGGCGUCUUCUGGAGGAGGGAUUCCACCCAGGGCAGCAUGGUUCCCUUUUCCAGCCCAUCACAGUGCAUUCUGACUCAGACUGGAUUCCCGCUCACCCCGAGGAGCCUCAAGACUUUGGGAGCUUCUACAGAGACCCUUACCGCAAGACCCCCAGUGCUAGCUACAAUACCAUUUACAUUCAGACUAUAGGUUCCUUUGGAGAGGCGGGGGCCCAGACAGACCAGUAUGUGGAGUGGCUCAGAGAAUACUGCCAGGCCUUCUUCUAUGGUCUUGCUGUUAAGUUGCUGCCAGCGGUUACUGUUGCUGAAACAGGGUGCUCUUUCAGGGUUAACAGUAACUCACACAACCUUCAGAUCCUCACUGGUGACUUGCUACGAUUUCUGGGCAACAGGAAACCAAAAGAUGCUUUUUGCAUUGUUGGAAUUACAAUGAUUGACCUCUACCCCAAAGACUCCUGGAAUUUUGUCUUUGGACAGGCUUCUCUCAGUAAGGGAAUGGGUGUUUUCAGCUUUGCCAGGUAUGAUGACUAUUUCUACACCAGAAGUUAUGCGGGGAGGCUGAAGAAACAGCUUAAGCCAAAACAAGGGGACUAUUCUGUGUUUGAUGGAUAUUACACCCCCCCCAUCACCAGCAUUCUGCUGCUUCGGUCCUGCAAGACAAUGACCCAUGAGAUUGGCCAUAUGUUUGGAAUAAAGCAUUGCCAGUGGUUGAACUGUGUCAUGCAGGGCUCCAACCACCUGGAGGAGUCAGAUCGUAGGCCUCUGGAUUUCUGUCCCAUCUGCCUUCGAAAGCUACAGGUCUCAAUUGGCUUUCAAAUAGCUGAAAGAUAUAAGGCCUUAAUGCACUGGAUGGAGGAGGAUCAGAGUCAAACAUCCACACCAGAGGAGGCCUCUGCCUCUCAGCUCCACUUUCCCAAACCCACUGAAGCCUUUCAUACAUCCAAACUGUGGCUCUGCAGGUGCCUGGAUAUACUGGAAAAAAAUGAACAAUAGGACUUGCCCAUAACUCUGGGUAAGAUCUAGGCAGAGUAGGAUGUCUAUAUGCAUGUAGCAUGUACUAUGCAUCAUUUACUCUGUGCUUAACAUUUCUGCUGCUGUUUGGUUUCAAAACAAAAUCUUGAUGUUGUUAUGAUUGUUACACCCAAUUUCAGAAUGACAACAAGGCCUUAUAUUUUGUGUGAGGGGUAUUGGCUGCCCAUAGCAAUAUGUCUAGAAGAGACUCUUUAUAUUUAAUAUUCAUUUAUAUACUAAGUGAACACCUGUGGGCAUGUGUGUGUCCAGACAAAAUUAAACUGUAUGUUCAGUUCAGUGUUGUUUUUUAACCAAUGUUGUAAGUAUUUACAUUUAUUUUUCUAUGUGAACUGAAGGUACAAAAGCAUUUACAACUGACAUGAAGUGAACAUGAUGGGGUCAUGUGACACAUCUCAUCCACUCUUGAAAAAACUUGUUCAUUGUUGGUUUGUUGCCUCUUAGCUUGAGUUUUUAUAAGUUCUGAGAUCAAUUUAUUUGAAUGUUUGGUACAGUGGCUUUAUAAAUGAUCUGGUUGAAGUGUAUUAAAAUGUUAAUUUAUCAUAUGUGAAAGGUAAAUAUUUAUAAAAAUAAACAAUUACACAUAAUUUAGAUGCUCAAAUCACUGUUGUUUAUUGUGAUUGAACACAUUUUCAUUACAAAAAUUCUGACCUCUCACAUCACAUAACAGUGCAUUGUCAGCUUGGUGACAGUUUGAUGAACAAUAAACACUUUUAACCACACGUUU